AUGGGUGACAAAGGUGACCGUGGAGAAAGGGGAACUCCUGGGAAGCCUGGGAUUGAGGGUUCCCCGGGACCAUGGGGGACUGAAGGCCUCAAAGGAGAUAAGGGACAGGCUGGAGCUCCGGGUGACGCCUGCAAAUCCCAGCAUUCUGCUUUCUCAGUGGGCCGACGGAAGUCCCUUCACAGCAUUGACAACUACCAGGCCCUGAUCUUCGACACCAUCUUCGUGAACUCCCCCGAACACUUCAACAUGUUUGCUGGGAAGUACCGCUGCCAAAUCCCGGGAGUCUACUUCUUCAAUGUGAACAUCCACACGUGGAACUUCAAGGAGACGUACCUGCACAUCAUGCAGAACAGCAGCGAGAAGGCCAUCGUCUACGCUCAGCCCAGCGACCGCUCCAUCAUGCAGAGCCAGAGCGUCAUGCUGCCUCUGCAGGAGGGCGACGAGGUCUGGGUCCGUCUCUACAAACGUGAGCGCGAGAACGCCAUCUAUAGCGACGAUGUGGACAUUUACAUCACCUUUAACGGAUACCUCAUCAAACCAGAAACGGAGUGAGACCAGAAACUGCGGUGGGAAGGAGUGAACGGGAUGUUUAUGAAGUUUGAAAAUGUGCCAAAAUGUUUGAUCAGUGGAGCAGCUUUUACAAAAAUGAAAAGCAUCCAAACAUUUCAUAUUAGAUUUCUGCAGUCCAAACUAAAUUCCUAAUGCAGAGAAAUCUGCUUUUUCUACUUCAGUGUGGGGUCUUAUAUGAAGAGAACCGGGAAAGUUGUGGUCACAUUAGCACAAUUUCAUUACUUCACAUUAGGACCUACUACUUACAAUGCAAGUUAAUAUAGAAGAAUAAAACAUCAUCAGCAUGCGCCCAUGGUAAACAAAUAGAGCAAGAUGUAUGGCAUGAUGUAUGAGCUUCGUCAGUUGUGGUUUCCAACGGUAUUCCUUCUUUUCACCUCCAUUGUUUUAAGCUUUAGCGCCAUGUCAUGUUGAUCGGUACGUCAUUUCAUGUUGAAUUUUUAUUGGCUAGUCAGUAGACAUAGGUCAUAGCCUGGGGUGACCAUAUGUUCUCUUUUUCCCGGACAUGUCCUCUUUUCAAACAUAAAAAAAUGCACCCGGCCGGGAUUUCUAAAUCACCCAAAAUGUCCGGGAUUUGGCUUUUGCUUUCUAGUCGCCAUUCAUUGUAUGCAUUUUUGAUUUAGAGCCCUGCGAGGAACUGUUUUCUUAAUCCUGCUCCUGCUGAAUUUCUGACCAUUAUCGCCACCUCCCGUGAUUUUUGUGUCCAUUGCUCCUGCAAACAUUCUAAUAUUGCAUAUAAUUUUCACGCAUC